AUGGCACCCGCUGCUGCCCAUGCUGCCGAUGGCAUCUUAUCACCAAUCGAUCUGGAUUCCAUUCCUUCCUUCUGGCGUCGGAAGAAUGGUAUUUUACUCUACUUCUUGCUUACCUCGUCCCUCCUGGCGAGUGCAGCUUUAGGCAUUGAUGGGUCGAUGACGAACGGCAUGCAGGUCUUGCAAUCGUGGCAAGAUAGGUUCGGCCACCCGACCGGUUCCAGAUUGGGAUUCUUUGGUGCGGCCAACGCGAUUGGAGGUGUCAUUCCUUUUAUCUUUCUCAGCUGGAUUGGGGAUAAGUUCGGGCGACGUCUUCCUACGGCUUUGGGGUCGGUGAUCAUUAUCGUUGGGGUGCUCAUUGAGUUCUUUGCCACGUCGCUAGACAUGUAUAUCGGUGGGAAGAUUGUGCUGGGCGUGGGCUCCUCGCUCAUCCAGAUGGGUGCCCCAGUGCUGGUGACUGAGCUGUCCCAUCCCAAGGAACGAGUGCAAAUCACUACUUUCUACAAUACCUCCAUUGUUCUGGGCUAUGUGAUUGGUGCCUGGGCGACUUUUGGAUGCUACCGCAUCAAUAGUCAAUGGUCCUGGAGGCUGCCAACCCUAGUCCAAGUCAUCCCAUCGGCCUAUCAAUUCUGCCUAAUCUGGUUUUGCCCGGAAUCCCCUCGAUGGCUGAUUGCCAAGGGUCGGCUGCAGGAAGCUCGCGCGAUCUUGGUCAAAUAUCACGGAGAAUGUGAUCCCAACUCCGAGCUAGUUAAUUUCGAGUGCGCAGAGAUUCAGCAGGCUAUUGCAAAGGAAGCGGAGAACAACAUGACGUGGAAGGACUUUUUCUCCUCCGUGCCCAAUCUCAAGCGAAUAUUCCUCUGCUUUGCUACUGCAGUCUUCAGUCAGAGUUCGGGCAACCUUCUCGUGUCAAACUAUCUGACUCAAAUCCUGAAGGACACUGGCUUGAAGACCGAGUUUGAGAUAACCCUAGUGAACGGCAUGGUCACCUUGUGGCAGUACAUUGUCGCGAUCACCGUGACCUUGAUCAUUGACCGAUUCAAGCGGCGCUUCUUCUUCCUCACUGGCUCCGGAGGCGUGCUGAUUACAUUCAUCGUGUGGACCAUUGCGGCGCAGCGCUACCUGGAAACCAGCUCACUGGCCGCGGGACGGCUCGUGCUCGCCUGUAUAUUUGUUUUCCAGGCCUUUUACACCCUUGCCUGGACCAAUUUGAUCGUCACAUAUCCCUUGGAGAUCGUGACGUAUCAGAUGCGCGCGAAGACGUGGGCCUUUGUCUUGCUGACGAUCCAGGUAUCAUCCAUCUUUGGCGGGUAUGUCAAUCCCAUCGGGCUGAAAAAUAUCGGCUGGAAGUUUUACAUCUAUUACUGUGUAUGGGUCGCCAUCAUAUUCGCCGUUGUGUAUUUCUUUUUCGUGGAGACUGCUGGGCCGACGUUGGAGGAGUUGGCGUACCUUUUCGAAGGUCAGGAUGAGAAGAUGCAGCUGGCGCGGAAGAUUGAGGAGAUUAAGCAGGAUGUUCAUGUAUCAGAGCAUGUCGAAAAGCUUGCUUAG